CGGGCUAGCGGUUAGAGGCGGGGCGGGCUCCUCGGAGCGGCCCGGGACUGGAGUCAGAAUCGUUUGGAUUCGGCCUCGCGGUUCCAACCAUGGGUUUGUCUGCGUCUACCCCUGCUGUUGCAGUUCAGACCUCAAAUGCUUCUGAUCAUCAGACAGCAUCCCCGCCUUCAGGAUGCCCCAUGCAUGAAGGGAAAAUGAAAGGCUGUCCAGUGAGUGCGGAGCCACCUGAGCCAACUUGUGAGAACAAAACGAGCUCUGUGCCCACCCACCAGGACCGUGCAUAUGAGUACGUGGAGUGCCCUGUCACCGGCGCCGUGGCCGGCAGUAAGGAGGACCUGGACCCUUCUAACCUGAUGCCGCCACCCAACCAGAUGCCGGCCCCGGAUCAGCCAUUUGCGCUGUCUACGGUGAGGGAGGAGUCAUCCAUUCCGAGAGCAGAUUCAGACAAAAAGUGGGUUUAUCCUUCUGAACAGAUGUUCUGGAACGCGAUGUUACGCAAAGGGUGGAAGUGGAAGGAUGACGAUAUUAGUCAGAGAGAUAUGUACAAUAUCAUCAAAAUUCACAAUCAGAAUAACGAGCAAGCCUGGAAGGAGAUUUUGAAGUGGGAAGCCCUUCAUGCUGCGGAGUGUCCUUGUGGUCCAUCGUUGAUCCGGUUCGGAGGUAAAGCGAAAGAGUACUCACCAAGGGCGAGAAUCCGUUCCUGGAUGGGGUACGAGUUGCCUUUUGACAGGCACGACUGGAUCAUCAACCGCUGUGGGACAGAAGUCAGGUAUGUCAUCGACUACUACGACGGUGGCGAAGUUAACCAGGACUACCAGUUCACCAUCCUGGACGUCCGGCCCGCUUUGGAUUCUUUUUCGGCGGUGUGGGACAGGAUGAAGGUCGCGUGGUGGCGCUGGACCUCGUAA